AUGGAACCAAAACAAACCGUUAGCGAAAAAUUCACGUGCAAUAUUUGUGGAAAGGAUUGCGGGAAUAGGAAAUCUCAACUUCGUCACAUAUUUUAUUGCCGAAGAGUGAAGGCCCAAGGGGGUGUAAAGUCGAGAAAGCGCUCGUGUGUGCCCUGUACCAAGGCUAAAACUCAGUGCGAUUUACGUCAACGUUGCUCGCGAUGCACAACGAAGAACCUCAGCUGUGUUUAUGAGGGACCUCGAAUUUUAGAGACUAAUGUACCAAAGCCAGUUGCUGGAAAGCUCUUGGAAAAUGGCACAAAUCAGGUUGCAGGAAUACCUUUCGUCUCAUCUUCGUCAGACGUUGCUACGUCGGCAUUGAUGGAUGUACAUGAAACUGCCAUCAGUCCGUACGCAUUGCAAAGCUCAGAUAUCAACAUUCAGGAUAUAUUAUCACUAGAUUUACCAGGUGAAAAUUGGGAUGUGAAUUUUUCGGACUUCCUCCCAGAGCAUACAGGAUUUCCUUCUCUCGGAAGCGCCCCUUAUUAUAUACAAUCUUCCCCGCAACUUCUUCAACCAGAACCGAGCCCAAUUUCCACCAACUUUCACCUCAGAGGUGGCUUGCCAUACUAUAGAAUGUACAACCAACCAGUUCCAAAAGCCCCAAUAGCAUUCGCACCGCGCAAAUCACCCAGGAGUCAAUUCUCACUAAACAGGAAACACAUACUAUGUACUCUACCAACUUAUCCGUCAAUGAUGCUUCCUAGCAACAGCGAUAUCCCUCCACCAUUCAUUCAUCCUCAUUUCAACGAUCGCAAUUCGCUUUCCGGGGCUUUGGGUGUAUGCGCUAGCCUGGUCCGUUGGACAAGUCACAAGACGGAGGACAAUGCUGUGCAUAUCUGGCGAUGUAUUAGGAUGGAGAUUAAUAGGCUCUGCGCCGAGUAUUCAAUAUAUAAUGAAGAAGAUGCUGUAGCUGCUCUACAAGCUAUGACCGUGUAUUUUCUUCUUCGCCUUUCAGAAGAUAAUGAAGAAGCAACGAGUUUUGAUGCUCCCUUAAUUUAUACAAUGAUUAAAGUUGCGACGCAUGCUAUUAACUUAGCGAAUAACAUUUCCAAUGACAGCAUACCUUCGUGGAAAAAAUGGGUUUUAGCCGAGUCUCUACGCCGGACAAUAAUAAUAAUCUUCUUCAUCGAUUUGUUCUUCGACCUCGCUUCCGGAAUUCCAGAUCACCAAUGCGAUGGAAACAAUCUAUUGCGUUUAGCGCUCCCCUGUUCACGCAAACUAUGGAGAGCGACUACAAACGAAGCGUGGGAAAACGAGUAUUUAAGUACAAUCAGAAGCAAUCCGCUCACAUAUGGGCAUUUAAUAAACUAUCAAUCUAGGCCUGAGGAUCACUCGCUUGAUGAGUGGUUAUCACAGUUGGAUGAAUUUGGGACGCUAGUAUUGGCUGCGGCGACUCCCGCUUCGAUUCUCGCACAUCUUAGAGCGAAGAACUUAAAUGGGUUCUACUAUGAUAAGAUUCGUCUAGAGUUACAUGGUAAUCUUAUAAUUCAGAACUGA